UAUAGUGUGGAGUGUAUAGUGUAUAGUGUGGAGUGUAUAGUAUAUAGUGUGGAGUGUAUAGUAUAUAGUGUGGAGUGUAUAGUAUAUAGUGUGGAGUGUAUAGUAUAUAGUGUGGAGUGUAUAGUGUAUAGUGAGGAACAAACCUUUACAUCUCUCUCUCUCUCUCUCUCUCUCUCUCUCUCUCUCUGUCUCUCUCUCUCUCUCUCUCUCUCUGUUUGUGAGUCAGUGUGGUUGUUUAUUAAAAGUGAAGCUUAUCCAGCCUCAGUGGUGUGUUUUAUGUGCUGAAUAAAUACGUCAUGGUGAUGAACGACGACUCUGACAGGACAAGGAUCAUGUUUCUCUCUCUCUCUCUCUCUCUCUCUCUCUCUCUCCACCUUGAGAAUGAUCCUGCAGAGGAAAUGAGGAGGGAACCCCCCUCAGGCUCUCUCUUAUUACACACACACACACACACACACACACACACUGAGAGCCUCCUCCAUACCCACGUCCGGUUUAAAAGGGCAGUGGACACAGUGUUCACUCUGCACAGAGAGACUGUGGGUGAGAUAAAGAGGUGUGUUCGAUCUGAGCACUGUGAGUGUGUGUAGCAUGUGUGUGUGUAAAGCUCUGUUCCUCCUCUGGAUGUUCUCGCUGCUCGGCAGGAGAGGAUUCGCUUAUAAUUAUGAGGAUUAUUCUGAUUUCUCCUAUAACGACAUGACAGACGGAGAUCAGCAGGAGCCGGGAACGUCUCCAUGUCCCUGUGAUAGCGGAGAGCGAUUACGCUGGGAGAAGAUCUUCAUCAUGAUGGAGGACUCACACGUGAUGCAGAAAAUUCUCCUCCAGGCCAAUGAGGAGCUGAAGAUGGAGAUCUCAUCGCUGAGAAACCACAUGCAGAAGAUCUCCAGAGACAUCUCCACUUCCUGUCUCAGAGUGGUGGAGGAGACCUGCAGGUCCAUGAACACACAGCAGAACCUGGGAGCGGAGCAGAACGCGACCCGGCAGAACGCUAACGUCCAGCAGCUGGAGGAGACGGAGGAGGUGUGGAGGAGAGAGAAGAUGAAGGACGUGCACAGGAUGAUAGAGAUGGACAAAACGGGAGAGAAGAUGGAGGAGAGUGACAAAUGGUGGAAAAAAUGGAGAUUUUGGUGAUGAAGAACUCAGUAUGAAAGGUUGACUGGACUGAUUAUUGUUAUUUUAGCUCUUGGUGUGUUCUUCAUGGUGUGAGCUUCAGCAUGCUGUUCCUCUUCACAGAACUGAAGACUGAAGGUUCAGACAUGCUGCUGAUUUCAGGCUUUAUAUUAAAAAAAACCUCUGUAAUUUCCCACAUUACCAUUUUCCGUGUGUUUUAUAUUGACUCCAGACUCCAGACUUUAUAUUUAAAGCUCCUUGAGUUCGCUGCUCCUCAGGAUGAAAUGAAAGAGAAAUCCAAUUUAAAGGAAAGCUUCAUCAUCUGGAGAUGGAGCAGGUCUCACCCUCUCGUGUUGUUCUCUUGUUGUGUAGAGCCGUCACUUCUUCCAGGAUUCAUUAGCACUACCCUUUGUGAGGGAAUAAAAAAUCAAUGUGUGUAUUUUUGUGUGUUGUGGAGUGGAAAGUGUAUCUCCACCCAGCUCCACCUUCAUCAUUAAACACAGUCGAACCCAAACACAUUAACUUUAAAACCACACCAGGACACUUUUACUACACAAUAAACAAACACAGCUCCAUGGAAACACACUAGUUAUCAUCUCUCUUUAUUAUUCUGGUCCUCUGUUAUGGUUUGAAGUCGCUCUCCACCCUCCUGCUGCUGCUGUGCUGAGACCUGAGUGAUCACACUCCCAGGGUUCAACUUCACA